UUAAGAGAAUGCAGAUAAAUAGCUUUGGGUUUCCUUCUAAAUUGAAAGCGCUGGUCCUUUAGGAAAUAAGAAAUAGUCUUUAUUUAAUUUAGAGGCGGAAAGCCAAUACAAGAUGAAUGUGGGUUGGCAGAAAUAGCAAAGGGGUGGCAUGAUUGGGCACAGUGUGGCAGGGAAAGAGAGAGUAAGGUCCUCCAGAUGUGGCGGAAUUAGAACUCUCAGCAUUCUACAGACAGCUGAAGUAGCAUUGCUAAGGGAGGGAUUGUCCCUUGAAGGUUGGCCAGUCUGGAGAAGGUGUAACAAGGAUCCUCUGCAUUGGACCGUCGUGCCACUGAGGGAAGGGCAUAGUCAAUAGGAGACAAGGACAAUACCAUUUCCCCACGACUCUGUAUUCAAGAAAAGAACAUAGAAGUGGAUAUCAUGGAAAUGGCCAGUAGAUCCUAAUUACCUCUGCAGAAGGUGUCAUGCUCAGGGAGGCUCAAGGGUGGAAAAGAGCCAGUCUGAGCGAGUGGAGGUAACAGUUUUCACCAACAUACCAAGACGGAUUCCGUGCAUUGUAUUUGUAUUGAAGCAGGAUCUUGAGACAAGCCACCAUGGCUACCCUGAUUAGGAGCAAACUAUCUAAUGUAGCCACCUCGGUUUCUAACAAGUCCCAGGCCAAGGUUAGUGGGAUGUUUGCGAGGAUGGGAUUCCAGGCUGCCACUGAUGAAGAAGCGCUUGGCUUUGCUCAUUGUGAUGACCUGGACACGGAGCACAGGCAGGGGCUUCAGAUGGACAUCCUGAAGACAGAAGUCCCAACUGGAGAUGCCCCACCCGAGGGUGACAUCCACUACCAAAGAGAUGGCACAGGACUCCCUCCUUCCGCCUCUAAAGAUGAAGGAUUGUGCUCUGAGCUUUCUUCCUCUGAGAAACCCCAAAUCACAGCCUGGGAAGCCGGUUGGAAUGUCACCAACGCCAUCCAGGGUAUGUUCGUUUUGGGUUUACCAUAUGCAAUUCUUCAUGGUGGAUAUCUGGGACUGUUUCUCAUUAUAUUUGCAGCUGUUGUUUGUUGCUACACUGGGAAGAUUCUUAUUGCUUGCCUCUACGAAGAGAACGAAGAUGGUGAAACAGUGAGAGUGAGAGACUCCUAUGUGGACAUUGCCAAUGCUUGCUGUGCUCCAAGGUUCCCUAAGCUCGGGGGAAGAGUUGUUAAUGUGGCCCAGAUUAUUGAACUGGUGAUGACCUGCAUUCUCUAUGUAGUGGUUAGUGGCAACUUAAUGUACAACAGCUUUCCAAACCUGCCCAUAUCCCAGAAGUCUUGGUCCAUCAUGGCCACUGCUGUGCUCCUGCCUUGUGCAUUUCUCAAGAACCUUAAAGCUGUGUCGAAGUUCAGCUUGCUCUGCACCGUAGCGCAUUUUGUCAUUAACAUCCUGGUGAUUGCCUACUGUCUGUCCAGAGCAAGAGACUGGGCUUGGGACAAAGUGAAGUUCUACAUUGAUGUUAAGAAGUUCCCAAUCUCAAUUGGCAUCAUUGUCUUCAGCUAUACCUCUCAGAUCUUCCUGCCGUCUCUGGAAGGGAACAUGCAGAGCCCAAGGGAAUUCCACUGUAUGAUGAACUGGACUCAUAUUGCAGCCUGUAUCCUCAAGGGACUCUUUGCCCUUGUGGCUUACCUAACCUGGGCAGAUGAAACCAAGGAAGUCAUUACAGACAACUUACCAUCAACCAUCAGGGCAGUGGUCAACUUAUUUCUCGUAUCCAAAGCCCUGUUGUCCUAUCCACUGCCUUUCUUUGCAGCUGUUGAGGUCUUGGAGAAGUCACUCUUUCAAGAAGGCGCAAGGGCCUUCUUUCCAAACUGCUAUGGGGGUGAUGGUAGACUGAAAUCUUGGGGUCUUACCCUUAGAUGUGCCCUAGUAGUUUUCACUCUACUUAUGGCCAUUUAUGUGCCCCAUUUCGCCCUGUUAAUGGGUCUCACUGGCAGCCUCACGGGAGCUGGUCUUUGCUUCCUCCUUCCAAGUCUCUUCCACCUCAAGUUGAUGUGGAGACAGCUACUGUGGCACCAAGUCUUCUUUGAUGUCUCCAUCUUCGUCAUUGGUUCCAUCUGUAGCGUUUCUGGCUUUGUGCACUCUCUAGAGGGGCUAAUAGAAGCCUAUGCUUAUAAUAUAGAAGAUUAAUUCUUAGAUGGGUAGGCGGCCCUCUACAUUGCAAACAAUUAUGCAUCAGUUUCUACUGACAUUCUCAUUUUACUUAUUCACAAAUAAAACCCCUCAGCUGACGGGGUGGCCGAUACCACAAAUCUUUGCAAUGUGUUUUCAGCCAGUCUUGCAGUGUAGGGAAUCAUGAGCUUCAUUUUUCGUUUAACUUAUUGAAAUGACAGCUGACAUAAAGAUCUAACAGUAUAUGAAUUGAAGGGAGAUAAUUUAUUUUUGUUAUAUUUAUUUAAUGAUGGAUAAAUUAUAGUGGAAAUAAAAAUAUAUAGGAGAACAGCUUUACUGAUUGCAAGGGAAAUUGGGAGGUUCUCUCAAAGGAAAGCUGGUUUGCAUGUUUUUUUUUAACUCAUCGGACAUUCUUUAAACCAGCGCAUCGAGCAAACCACAAGGAUAUACAAGUACCACAAGCUAAAGGGAGCUUUUUUGUGUCCUUUUUCGUCUAUCUCAAGCUCUUCUAAAAAGAUUAGUCAAGAAAGAGGCUGAGAUAAAUGCUUAUAUCUGGUGUGUGGCUCUCAAUAGCCGUCUCUAGAAAGGGAAGAUGUUUUGUCCUAACAAAAAUCAGACAGUAUGUCUCUACCUUUAGACAUGGUUUACAUGACUUCAACUAUUUGGGGGUGUUCACAUAGGUGGUUGCCUAAGUUUCAGCCAAAAUGUCCAGUGUGAGCGAUGCCUAAAAUUGCAGUGGUUACUUUUAUGGAACCAUCCUAUGAACAUAGGAAGAGGAACAAGCGCACACCAGGGAUUUGCACAGGGCUGGAAAGUCAUUGUGUGCAGUUUUCUUUUCCAAAGUGCAAGGUGUAAUACCCGUGAGUGUGUGUGUGUGCGUGAUGUAACUGUGCUCACAGACAAAUGUAUAUCCUAAAACUUUAUUGUGGUACCUUACUAUACAACAAUAAACAGAGAGAUUCUUGUGA